GACAAAUUUGGAUAACUUUCAGUUGUUAAGUAUAUCUCUUAAUAAUGUUAGUCAAAUUUGUUCUUGCUACCAUCCUGGUAAUUCAGGCAUGCUGGGCCACACCUUUGAGCCCACGUAUCACGGGUGGAGUUGAUGCCAAACCAGGCCAAUUCCCAUAUCAAGUAUCCGUUCGUUGGGGUGUACCACAUUUGAUCUCUUACAGACACGUUUGUGGUGGAACUGUCUUAAAUGAUAGAUAUGUAUUAACCGCUGGACACUGUAUCUUGAAGUUUGGAUCCUACAAUGUUGCAGUUGGUAAACACUAUCUUCGACGAUCCGAAGAAACAGAACAAGACGUCGAUGUUCUAAGGACGAUCGUUCACGAAAACUACGAUGGAGGAAUAGCACAAAAUGAUAUUGCUCUGUUGAAAUUGAAAGUACCACUGAAAUUAAAUGACCGAGUCAAAGUGGCCAGUCUUCCUCUUCAAGAUGAAAAACAAACCGGAAAUGCAAUUCUUUCGGGAUGGGGCUCGGUAUCGAGACAAGUUAAGCAAGUCAUUCCACCCGUUCUUCAAACAGCUGUAGUACCUUUAAUAGAUAAUGAUGCAUGCUUGGCUAAACUCCAAUCCGUUAAAUCUAUCGGAAAGAAACCACAACUUUUCCCAACUCAAAUUUGUUCUGACGCUGGGGAUAAUGAGAAUCUCUCUGCUUGUUCCGGUGACUCUGGUGGUCCAUUGGUUCAAUUAAAGAAUGAUAUACCUGUUGUUAUUGGUAUCGUCUCAUGGGGAACUGUACCAUGUGGACAUGGCAUGCCAUCUGUUUAUACACGCGUCUCUUCUUACGUGAAAUGGAUCGAAAACCAUGCGAUUUAAUUAAUAAAAUUUUCUUACGAGAAGAUAAAUUAACUUUUGUUAAGAACAAUUGUUUGAAUUUGUAAAAAAUGAAAAAACUAUUUUAAUAAACAAUAAUUAAUCGUA